AUGGCAAAAUCAGCUCGAGCCUCCGUCACCAAACGCAAUCACCGCAACCUCCGGGCCAAGGUUUUUGGUCCAGCCCAUGAUGCCCGAACUGAGAGAUUGUCAGCAAAACUUCAAGAGCUGGCAACAAAACCUCGACCAAAUGAGGACAAAGCAAUGGACGUCGAUGUAUCAGCUGAACAGGAGAGAGAACAGCCCACAUCUGACAACGCUGAAGCCAUGGAAGUUGACGGCCAAGGCGUCAACAUGAAGCCAGUCAAAUCCCGAUCAGAAAAGACUCGAUCCAGCCGAAAAGUGCACAAAGUCUCAAAGAGGAAGGCCAAAAAUCAUAUCAGUUUCCCAUCUGAACGAGCGAGAAGGAACAAAAUCAUAUCCAAAAAGAGCAAACGAUGA